AUGGCUAAGAGCAAGAUAUGCCACGCCCUGGAGGAAAGAAGUCCUGCGUGUGAUGUGUGUGGAUACGCUAGCUCCAAGCUAGGUGAUCUCAAGAAUCACAUGCUCACUCACACAACAGAAAAGCCAUAUAGGUGUGAUAUGUGUGAAUAUAGGUGUACGAGUUCCUGUCAUCUCACGAUACACAUGCGCAUUCACACAGGAGAGAAGCCAUAUGCAUGCGAUAGAUGUGAAUAUAGGUGUUCUACGUCACAUAUGCUUAAGUUACACAUGCGCACUCACACGGGAGAGAAGCCGUGUAAGUGUGGUAUCUGUGAAUACAGGAGAGAAGCCAUACAGUGUGAUAUAUGUAAAUACAAGUGCGCAUCCUCUAGUAAACUCAAUUCACACAUGCGCACUCACACAGAAGAGAAGCCAUAUAGGUGUGAUUUAUGUGAAUACAGGUCUGCUAAGUCCGGCAAUCUUAGGAUACACAGGCGCACUCACACAGGAGAAAAGCCCCAUGUUAACCUCAAAAAGCACAUGCGCACUCACACAGAAGAGAAGCCAUAG